GUUUGUAAGGGCAGUUGGGGGGUGGAGCCCAAGGGAAGAGGGUGAAGGAGAGGAGCUGCAGGUGCUGUAGCUGUGACUCCGAUGAAGCCAGAGCGGUGAUGCAGCCACCACACCCCGGGCUGAGCAGACAUGAGAUUUUGCGCUAGGCCCUGAGGCGCUCGGAGGGGUCCGGCCGGCGGCAGCGGAGAAGAAGCGAGCGGACAGGGACCAGGCAGGCGCUUUCUGUGCAGAGCCGAUUGCCUCUGCCCCAGCGGAACGCCUGCGCCCCGCACCCCCAGCCGGUCCUGGGCGGUGAGAUGCUGGCGCGAGCUUGGGCCCUAGGGAAGGAAUCUGCCCACGCCCCUCGCGUACCUUAGCCGAGAACUCGCCCCUCCGAGAAGAGCGUGGCCCGUCCUAGCCCCGUGCGUAGCUAAGAGGAAGGGGCCGUGCUCCGGGGGCAGGAUGGUGGAUGUAUUCAGCGGGCGGCCCUUGCUCACCCGGGACGGACACGCCGUGGAUCCCGAGGAGGUUUUGCAGAACAAGAUCGUGGGCUUGUACUUCUCGGCCGGCUGGUGCUCCCCGUGCCGGGACUUCACCCCCAUCCUGUGCGACUUCUACAGCGAGCUGCUGGAGGGCGCCCGCCCGCCGGCUCCUUUCGAGGUCGUCUUCAUCUCGUCCGACCGCAGCCCCGAGGAGAUGGUCGAGUACAUGCACGACAUGCACGGGGACUGGCUGGCAUUGCCCUUCCACGACCCCUACAAGCAUGAUUUGAAGAAGAAAUACAAUAUAACAGCCAUCCCCAAACUGGUGAUUGUGAAACAAACUGGAGAAGUCAUUACUGACAAGGGAAGGAAACAGAUCAGAGAAAGAGGGCUAAGCUGCUUCCAAAACUGGCUCGAGGGGGCAGAUGUCUUUCAGAAUUUUUCUAACUGAACAAAAAUUGGGAGAUACAAGCAAGACAGCUAGACAAGGCUUGUGGGGGGAACUUGCAGAGUUCCCAAACUAUAACUUCUUUGGUUAGAACAGGGGGCAUUAUUGAUUAGGAGCCAUUACAUUUUAGUCCAAACUAUAGAAAGCAGAAUAUGCCAAUAGACUAACAUAGUUCAGAACAAACGCACUUACCAUUUUAUUCAUGUUGUCUUGUUUACUGCACUUAGUACGAACACCAAAGCAUUCAUAAUAAUAUUCAAGAGUUGUGUAUUUUAGGGAUCUUUCAGACAGAUAGAAGGGCAGCCCUGUGAAAUCUAUGCAAAUGUUUUAUUUUUGCAGAUGUGUACAGGUAAAAAAAAUACAUAUUUUUCUCAACAAGAAGAUUUUUCUGGUGAUUAGCACAUAAUUUAUAUUUAUUGAUAAAACAGAAGUAUAUUUGCUUUAAUAAAGUACUAUUUAUGCAUUG